GCCCGCUGCGCUACGUCAGCACGCAGGAGGACGGCGGCUGUUGCUGAUGGCGUCAUCGCGGCGCCUGACGUUUCGGCGGCGCCGGGUUGAGAAGGUUGGAGGUCCGGUCGUCGUGGAGGCCGGAAUAUGGUACAGUUGCUACUAUGCAGCUGGAUGUUGCUGACUAGUGUUUCUAUGAGUUUGCUGUUCCACCUGUCAGUUGUUCAGAAUGGCAAAAAACCCUAAUUUUCAGGAAGUUGGUCACCUGCCCACAGGCUACGUCCAUUGUAGACCUUCAGAGAGCUUUACUGGCUAUCAAUAUCAUCAUCCCUCCAAGAUGAGUAACAGCCAUCCGCUUCGUCCUUACACAGCUGUUGGUGAGAUUGACCACGUUCACAUUCUGUCAGAGCACAUCGGCGCUCUGAUGAAUGGGGAAGAAUAUAGUGAUGUUACCUUCAUUGUGGAAAAGAAACGUUUUCCAGCACACAGAGUGAUCCUGGCUGCGAGGUGCCAUUAUUUCAGAGCAUUGCUGUAUGGUGGAAUGAGAGAAUCUCAGCCUGAAGCAGAAAUUCCUCUUCAGGACACAACUGCAGAAGCUUUUACCAUGCUGAUGAAAUAUAUUUACACUGGUCGUGCCACACUACGAGAUGAGAAGGAGGAGGUCCUCCUAGACUUCCUAAGCCUGGCACAUAAGUAUGGAUUUCCAGAACUGGAGGAUUCCACAUCUGAGUAUCUUUGCACCAUACUUAAUAUUCAGAAUGUUUGUAUGACAUUUGAUGUUGCCAGUCUUUAUUCCCUUCCCAAAUUGACUUGUAUGUGCUGUAUGUUCAUGGAUAGAAAUGCUCAGGAGGUACUCUCCAGUGAAGGCUUCUUGUCACUUUCUAAGGCUGCUCUUCUGAGUAUCGUACUGAGGGACUCUUUUGCAGCUCCUGAGAAGGAUAUUUUUCAAGCCUUGAUGAAUUGGUGUAAACAUAACCCCAAGGAAAACCACGCUGAAAUCAUGCAAGCAGUGCGUUUGCCACUAAUGAGUCUAACAGAGCUGCUAAAUGUUGUCAGACCUUCCGGAUUGUUGUCGCCUGAUGCCAUCCUAGAUGCCAUUAAGAUUCGUUCUGAAAGUCGGGACAUGGAUCUCAACUACAGGGGCAUGUUAAUACCAGGGGAAAAUAUUGCAACAAUGAAGUAUGGAGCCCAGGUUGUAAAAGGGGAGCUGAAGUCUGCUUUAUUAGAUGGGGAUACUCAGAACUAUGACUUGGAUCACGGCUUCUCUCGACACCCAAUUGAUGAUGACUGCCGUUCUGGUAUCGAAAUCAAACUCGGCCAGCCAUCAAUAAUCAACCACAUACGAAUACUCCUGUGGGACAGAGACAGUCGGUCCUACUCCUACUACAUUGAGGUGUCCAUGGAUGAGUUAGACUGGAUUCGAGUUAUCGAUCACUCUAAAUACCUCUGUCGGUCCUGGCAGAACCUGUAUUUUCCUGCCCGCGUUUGCAGGUAUAUUCGCAUCGUUGGAACCCACAACACAGUGAACAAAGUUUUCCAUAUUGUGGCAUUUGAAUGCAUGUUUACCAACAAAACCUUUGCUCUGGAGAAGGGUCUGAUAGUUCCUUCUGAAAAUGUUGCAACAAUUGCAGAUUGUGCCAGUGUGAUUGAGGGUGUCAGUAGAAGUCGCAAUGCCUUGUUGAAUGGAGACACAAAAAACUAUGAUUGGGAUUCUGGGUACACGUGCCAUCAGCUUGGGAGUGGAGCUAUUGUAGUGCAACUGGCACAGCCCUACAUGAUUGGAUCUAUACGGUUACUGCUUUGGGACUGUGAUGAUCGAAGCUACAGCUACUACAUAGAGGUUUCAACAAAUCAGCAGCAAUGGACCAUGGUGGCUGAUCGCACAAAGAUUUCCUGCAAAUCCUGGCAAACAAUCACUUUUGAUAAACAGCCUGCAUCUUUUAUCAGAAUAGUUGGAACUCAGAACACAGCUAAUGAGGUGUUUCACUGUGUGCAUUUUGAGUGCCCUGCACAAAGUGGUACCCACAAGGAUGAGGGUUGUAAGGAAGUGGCAACGACAGAGGUGGGGACUGGUGAACAGCAGCUUGUUUCUCGUCCUGUUCGAGCUGCAAGCACUAGUUCUUUGCAUUCCCCUCCUGGAUCCACCUUGCGUUCGCAUGCUCACCAACCAUAAAGGAGAUUGAAAGGGAGCUUUUGCUGCCCCACUGACGUUAUAUAAAAUUAUUCAGAACCUUCUUGUGCUGGCACCUUUUCUUUCUUCUUCACUGUGAAGAAAGGGGACCGUGUCUUGUAAUGCUGAAAUGGCAAAGGCUUUUCCCAAGGACAUGAAGAGACUGCUUCACUCUUCUCAAUUUGUUCAAAUCAGGCUGGUCUCCAAAGGGGGAGAAAAUAGGCCUUCAGUCUUCAUCAAGUACCCCAUUAACACCCUACCUCUCUAAUCUAACCAAGGCAAGGAGAACAGAAGAAAAUAAAAGGCAGAGCUACAAUGAAAAUCUAACAUGACUUGAGCAGAAUGGAAGGCAUAUGAAAUAACCAUUUGUUCCUUGAAGGCUUCCAUUAGCAAAGAAAAUGUUUAUGGAACACAUCAGUACAGAAUAUGUGUUAUUUUUGAAAGUUAUCCUUCAUUCAUAUUCCUUUGUAACUAGUAAUCUCUUUCAAAAAUUGUUUUAACUCUGCAUCCUGCUUUCUCUCUUAUUUUUGGCUGCAGCAAAUGCUGUGCAGUAGAUUAAGGAAAUAUCAAACAUGUUUACCUGCUGAGAUGCAAAUUCUCUCAUUCAUUAGUGGGAUGUCAAGAAAAGUCUUUAUGAUAUCAACAAACUAAUUAAUGGAUGCUGUAUUAAUCUUGACCCUAGUCAGCUUUUCAAAGCACAAAAUUGUCAUUUCUUAUAGUCAAAAGGAAAAUUUUGAAAUCAAACUUCUAUCUUGAGAAAAGCUUAUUUUUCACUCGUGAAGGUGAUUACUUAAAUUUUACGCAUAUUUCUAAAACAACUUGCAAGAGAUCAUCAAAAAUUUUUGGUCUAGAAAGUGAAAAUUCAUCUGGUCACUGACAAGCAGUUGUUCAGAAUACAAAAGAAAGAAGUUGCAGAAAGCUAUUUUAAUCCAAGAAAUUAUGCUUUACGGAUAUGCUCAGCCUGGAUCUGAAUUUAAGGGCAACAUAAACUUUCUCAUAGUCUUCAUAGAGUGUUAUGCUUUUUACACUGUAUUGUAAGGGAUCUGGCUCUCAUUUUACAUCACAGAAUUAAUUAUCCAUCCAUGUCUGGAUUAAAUUGCUUACUAUUUCACUUAUUCGAUGUGUUUACACAUUAAUGAGAAUGCAACCUCUCGCUUUCCAGAUCCAGGUGACUUAGGAAAAGCUCCUUGUUGGUCUUUCAGCAUGUGAAGAAGUGUUUUGGUAUUAUGACAAACACUGAUGUAAUUGGCAAAAUUGAUUAGGAGGAUUGUUAUUCCUCUCAAAGCAUAUGCUGGAAAUGUCAGCCAUCCAGUUUUAUGAACAUGGAAUUUCCUGUGGUGACAAAUAGCCUUGUCAGAAGAAAACUAAGCUAGUAUAGGAUAAAUAUGGUUUUCCUUUGCAUUACCAUAGUGAUAAAAUGAGCUACAUAUCAAUAUAGCAAAUAGUAUGCUAAUUUAUCACAAUAUGUAAUUUGAAAGAAUUUCCCUGCUGUGUGCUGAUUGUGCUUAAAACUGGAAGAAAUACAACAAAUGGCAGCAAUGAAUCAGUAGAAACACCAUAGGAGAAAUGCUUUCUCUUUGUUGUUUCCAAUAAAAUUGACUAGACUUCAUCAAGAAUAUUACAGUAUUUUUCACUGCCAAAUUACUUCUGAGUACUGACAUUUGCAUGCUGUCCUAUCCCUUCCCACUGUUGUCAUCUGUCUUGUCAUGUGUGUCAGUGAAGAUGCAUGCAACUUCAUUGUCUAUCAUUUUUAAUACAUGCCACGGCCGCCUCAUUUAGCCUUGAGUUCUGAGGCAGGAUCUUGCUUAUGAGCCAGCGCCCAGCCUUGGUUGCCGAUUACGUUAUGGCUCAGAAGCCUUUGGAGCAUGAUAGAGUUGAGACUAGCUACUGGGGGUGCAAUUGUUUUGUGUAAGUGUAGGUCCAAAAAGUUGGAUUUUUUUUUUCUUUUGAAAAGUAAAAAUACAAAGAUUGUAGUUGUAGUCCAUGCAGGAACUUACUGAGAUGGAUGGAGCAUGUCUUGUCUUUGGUAGUUAAGACCUUUCGUGUCAGUGAUUAUAUUUCUCUGCAGUUUGAUCAAACAAAUGUACUUUUUCAAGUUGUGGACACGCAAGGGAUGUAACCUAGCUGUUAGUCACUGCUAUAGAAAAUAUUUAAUUUAAAAAAAAAAAAAAAAAAGAACAAGAAAAAGAAGUUUGUGCCAGAUGUUCUGAGUUUAGGCACUCGGAGAAAGAACAGGAUUUUCAGUUUGUAAUCUUUGAUGAGCACAAUUAAUUUUUUGGAUACUAAUAAGCCUUACAGACCAUACGCUAUUGCAGAUUCUUUUUGAUCUUGUUCUAUGACUCACUGUUGAAGAAAAAUGUCUAUUUCCCAUGACAUUAGCCCUCUGCCAAGAAUCUUAAUGAAAAGAUAAGAGAGAAUCUCAAAGCAAAAAGAAUCAGGUCCUAUAGAAAUAACAAUUCGCACCCCAAAAAUCAUUCAAAACAAAAGCCAGUAUAGCACCGUCUUUUCUUACGGUCUUUAUCCCUUCCACAACUUAACAAUUUCUACCUUUUUAUUCAAAGAAAUAGUGUCUAAGGGACCUGAACUGUGCUUGUUCUUCUAACAUUAUCCACCCUCAAACACCCCCAAAAUCUUUGUGGCCUAGUAUAGAUCUCUGCCUUAAACACAGUGCCAGCAAAAUAUUACUACUGGCAAAGGAUGAUAUCACACAGGACUGACCUGUGCUUUUGUGUGAGUGUUCUCAUGCUAAGUAUUCUCUGCAUUUAUUAACUCCUAAUAUGAGAUGUAGCUCUUGAAUGUUCUUCUAAAAUCUAGGUUGUUUUUUUCUUGCAGUGGAAAUAAAUUGUGCUGUUAUGGCUUAAUAUCAGCGCACUUGUAAGCAUCAGGGUUUAACUGAGUCAUGAGAUACUGUAAUUAUUCAGAACUGCAUGAUCACUUUCUUUAAUUGCAACAGAGGUUGAGCAGAACCGACCACCUGUUCAUUGCAUUCUUGUCAGAAACUGUAAGAUAGACCUGUUGUCAGCUUUCUAGACAACAGAAUUAACUAUAUUGCCAACACUGAACCAUUUUGUCUAGUUAGUACUUCAGCUGUAGUUAUCAUUAUCUUUAAAUUCCCUUGUCCUCUUUUUCUCUUAUUUUUCUUCCAUUGAUUGAAUUCGGACUUAGGGCCAACUCCUAUGUAGUUUCUAAAUUCUUUUUAUUUAAUGAACUAAUUCCAAGUGAAUUUUAAAGAUUUUUAUUCACAGAAAUCUGUGGCCAAAAAUUAACUUCAGCAAGAGCAAAUUCAGUAUUUGUAAAACUGAUUUAAAUGUGAAAAUGAAUUUCUAAAGUAAGCAAAAUUGUGCAACUCUACUUUCAAACAAGCUCUAAAAAGUUUGAAUGACAACAGGAAUGGCAAUGAGAGAAAUUAAUCCAAGAAUUACAUGAAAGACAGCAGAGAGGAAGAAUUGGCCAGUGUUCUUAGGAAAGUAGCUGUUUUUCAUUGCACUUUCCUUCCUUUAUAGCUCCAUUUAAUCCUUUUUCCAUGCAAAUCUGUUUUGCUUGUUCAAUAUGACAGUUUAUGGUGGAGCUCUGUGUUUUUCAUCAUUGCUGAAAAGUUGAAAUGAACUUAAUGCUUCUUCAUCUUUACUAAUCAUAACAACAAAUCAGAGAAUCUUCAGUUUAUUACCUGACUUGAUUUCCAUGAGAGAAAAGAAAGCAAAUGAUAUCAGUAGUUUUUUUACUUUAACUAAAUUAAGUUUCCUAGCCAAAUGCAUGUGAAUAUCUACUCACAUGCUUUGUACGCUAAAGUCAGUGUGAAGAUCAGAAGGCAUUUUUGUCUGAUUGUUCCAUGAUCAUUCUGCUUAUACAAAGUCACCCACCCAGAGACCCUUGAUAUGGAAUCAGAAUUCAGCUGUGAUUUCAGAGGAAGCAGAAAAGCUAUACAUUGUUUUUCCCCUAAGAAAACGUUUGUUGGUUUCUAUUUUGACAGGUGGUGACUUACCAUCAAAUUUGCAAAUGAAGGCAUUGGUAAUUUGUUGUUGUGGCUGGAGCAGUCAGCAAAUACCAGAGCCAGUGGUAUUUAAUGGAGUAUUUAAGAGUAGACAUUUAGGCCUGUAUGUUGUAGCAGUUGCUAGAGGAUAGAACUGCUUAGAAGAUAGUACUUUGUGGAUCCCAGAAUUCUUGAGGCCUGGCUCCCUUUCCCUUCUCUUGAUGAUGUGUUUAGGUUAGAACCCUCAGCUGUCUCUGAACUGGUUCCCAGCAGUUGUACUAGUUAAAUUACAUGCAGAAGCUCCACAGGUUUUGUACAGGAUACAGGUAAUAAAAGUACUGGUUCAAAUUUUUAAUGGAAUAGCGUAUUCAUAUCCCACAUACCAAUUUUAAUCGGAAUACCAUAUUCGUAUAUUUGUUAAAUGGAGCUUAUCAUUUAGCUUGAAUUUAGAAUAGGUUCCUAAAACUCCUAAACUGAGAAAAACUGGGUGAAAUGUUCAUAUUCUGUGGUGUGGCAGGAUGUGAAAUCACUCUUACGGUUGCUUAACAUGUGCAAAUGUCUAAGUAAGGUAUGGGUGAGCAGGUCCAAAGCUGGUUUGGCUGAAGUUGUUAGGAAUUGGUGAUCUGGCUGUAGUGAAUAAAAGAGAGCAAAUCAAAUGCUUAUCUCAAAGACAUUUACGCAGUCCAGUGAACACAGACAUGUUGCUCCUAGGUGCCUUCCAUGUGACUUGUGCUCUUUACAGAGUGUGCCUACAUUCGAAUUUUGCUAACUGCUCAAAACCACCGACAGACUUCUCAAAGGCCAUUCAUGAGCUUUACUGCAGUGUUGUCUGGGGUAAUGUAGAAGUCACACCAAGAGUCCAUGACAGAAUUUGAGUCAGUUUGUCUUUGGAAAUGGUUCUAUUACAGAGACAAAGCACAGAUUAACAUAAUGUAGUAUAAUAUGAGGAAAAUGCAAGUAUCUGGUACUUACACAUAGAUUGACUAGAUUUUCUAACACUGUGUGUAUUUGAUUACUAUGAUAAAAAUAAAAACAGUGGAAAUAAGUGAACAACCACUUAAGUAAUAUGCCCUGGUAGUAGAUAUUAACAACCCAUCAGGAAAUCAGAGUUUUUCUUUUCCCGUUCCUUCCAGCCGAAUAGAAUAGCAUAGGUAAAUGUUCAAAAAUAAAAAAGAAUAAUUGAUUUGUUACAUAAAUGUCAUCAGAGUUUAGAUUAUCAUAGCUAAAAAUCUGAAGGAGUGGUGACUUCUGUCUGCUUAGGUAUAAAUCUGCCACCCCAGUACCUCCUGCUGCUCAAGGCCCUGAGCUUUUGUAGUGGAUGGAGAGCUACACGGUUAGUGCAGUGUAAGUACAUUUCUUUGUCAGAUCUUCUACUCAUCUCUUUUGUGUUUAGCAUCUUGGCAUAUCCAUUCUGUUAGAAGAAGGUAAGCUGUUUUUUCACAGCUUUCACAGUUACUCAUUGACUCCUGCAGACUGGCAGAUACAUCUCUACAGCUGCCUGUAUUAAGCAGUUUGCAACACUGUUUUACAACAAAUGCUGUAUGUCCAAACAGUACCAGCUGGCCUUGAAAUAUCUGAAGUUGGGCUGUAUUAUUGUUGAGAUGAGGGUCUGCACCUCUAAAACUCUGUGCCAUGCAAUUCAAGUGAACAGUAGUGGCUGCAGAUUCUUUCUGGAGAGAAAGUAGGGAAUUUGUACAUGUACCAGAAAUAAUUCAUUUUCUGUGUUGUUUUUGUUCUACAUCCCAUGUCUCUGUACUCCUGAGCUAUCAUUGCUAGGUGGUUUAUGAUUAGUACCUAGAAUCCAAUAAAUAAGUUUAACAAUUGACGUCAAGAACUUUUGUCUUUAAUGAAAAGUUAUAUUGAGUUUUUGAAGCAUGAUUUGUCCUCUGAAUUGUUUAUCAGCAUCUUCUAUAGCCGGAGUUGUGAGGAGAAAGGCUGUAGAAAGGCUGUUAUAUAGUUGCAUGCAUGCAUCUGUUUCACAAGUUGAAGUGACUUGGCAAAAAAGUGUUUUUACAUGCCUUUUUCUUUUUUUUUCUUUUUUUUUUUUUUCCUUGGUGUAGUGAAUUUUGGCAAGGAAUCUAUAGUUUAACUGAAUGUGGAUGAUGAACUGAUGAAGAGAAUGUAAUGCAGCAAGAUUUUAUUCAUUUUAAUGGGAAGAGUAACAUGAAGGUCUGAUUCCUGUAGUCUGAGCUACUUCUGCUUGUCUCCUGUCCUCACAGCUCUUACUUUUCCUACAGGAUUCCCCCAGUCUGCCUGUUUCUCCUUUUUGUUUUCUCUCUGUCUGGAAUCAUAUUGCUGUUGCUGCAGUGUUUCCUGGAACUUUCUCUAACCUGGGAUAUAUUAAGUAUUUAAAUUUAUUUUAUUUAAAUUUACAUCUUUUUUUGUUAUAUACAGGAUUCAGUAACCUAGUCCCAGUUCAUUCACAUCAGAUUUAAAAGUCAAUUACUGCUAAUCUGUUAAGAGAGAGUGAGCUUUAAUUUGACUGUCUGUGGAUAUGGAAAAUACUAGCUGUUUUCAAAUUUCUACUUUAAUAAUCUGAACUCUGUUUUCCUUAAGAGAAAAAUCAGUUGAGAGAUUUUCUGUUGAUUUAAGUAGUAGGUUAGGCUUUGCGUGGGCUUAUCUAAUUUAAAUCAAAUAUAAUUGUGUUUCUUGUUCAUUGUGAUGUUCACAUAUGUUCAAUUUGUUGGUUGUUCAUUGCUCAAUGUUCCAGUUGUAUAUAAGUGUUGUUUUCUCAAUAAACUGCAUCAUCAAAAGUGAA